AUGAGUCCGUACGAUUCGUCGCCUUGGGCGACGAAGGCUCUAUUUUUAAUAGUAACAUUAUUGGCACAAUUCACUUAUUCUCAAGUUUUGACUCCAUCUCAAAUCACAAUUUCCCACCGAAAACCAAUUACCGCUACAUCUACCUGUGGAGAAAUUCAAGGACAACCGGUGACUGAAAUCUAUUGCUCUCUGACAGGAUCGACACAGUAUACACCGCUGAACUCUUAUUCGUACCAAGACGAUGAACAACAAAAAUCGUGGUCUCAAUACGAAAAUCCAAUGGUACGUGGAGGACACGGUUGUGGUCAUUGUAAUGCUGGAAAUGAGAACUCCCAUCCAGCAGCUAACAUGGUCGACGGAAACAAUAGUUGGUGGAUGUCUCCUCCACUUUCACGUGGACUCCAGCACAAUGAGGUCAACAUUACUAUUGAUUUGGAACAGGAAUUCCACGUGGCUUAUGUUUGGAUUCAAAUGGCUAACAGUCCUCGUCCAGGAAGUUGGGUUCUUGAAAGAUCAACUGAUCAUGGAAAGACCUAUCAACCAUGGUUUAACUUUGCCGAGAACGCUGCUGAAUGUAUGAGAAGAUUCGGAAUGGAGUCUCUGUCACCAAUUUCAGAGGAUGACUCUGUCACCUGUCGUACUGAUAUGGCCAGUCUUCAACCAUUGGAGAAUGCUGAGAUGGUUAUCAGAAUUCUUGAGCAUAGACCAAGUUCCCGUCAAUUUGCAACUUCCGAGGCGCUUCAAAAUUUCACAAGAGCAACCAAUGUCAGACUUCGUCUUCUUGGAACAAGAACUCUUCAAGGACAUUUGAUGGAUAUGAAUGAGUGGAGAGACCCAACUGUCACUAGAAGAUACUUCUACGCCAUCAAGGAAAUUAUGAUUGGAGGAAGAUGUGUGUGCAACGGUCACGCCGUCACCUGUGACAUCCUCGAGCCACAAAGACCAAAAUCUCUUCUGUGCCGUUGUGAACAUAAUACAUGCGGAGAUAUGUGUGAGAGAUGUUGUCCUGGAUUUGUGCAAAAGCAAUGGCAAGCCGCCACAGCCCACAAUAACUUCACCUGUGAAGCUUGUAACUGUUUCGGACGUUCCAACGAGUGUGAAUACGACGCCGAAGUUGAUUUGAAUAAGCAAUCCAUUGAUUCACAAGGAAAUUAUGAAGGAGGAGGAGUUUGUAAGAAUUGUCGUGAAAAUACUGAAGGAGUCAACUGUAACAAGUGUUCUUUUGGAUACUUCCGUCCAGAGGGAGUUACAUGGAAUGAGCCACAGCCAUGUAAAGUCUGUGACUGCGACCCUGACAAACACACAGGUGCAUGUGCUGAAGAAACUGGAAAGUGCGAAUGUCUUCCUCGCUUCGUUGGAGAGGACUGUGAUCAGUGCGCAUCUGGUUAUUAUGAUGCACCAAAAUGCAAACCAUGUGAAUGUAACGUAAAUGGAACAAUUGGAGAUGUAUGUCUUCCAGAAGAUGGUCAGUGCCCAUGUAAAGCAGGAUUCGGAGGAACCUUCUGCGAGACUUGCGCCGAUGGAUACACUAAUGUGACUGCUGGUUGUGUUGAAUGUGUCUGUGACGCUACUGGAUCAGAACAUGGAAAUUGUUCUGCAUCUACUGGACAGUGCGAGUGUAAACCUGCCUAUGCUGGUUUGUCAUGUGACAAGUGUCAAGUAGGAUAUUUUGGAGAUGAUUGUAAAUUCUGUAACUGUGACCCAAUGGGAACAGAAGGAGGUGUUUGCGAUCAAACAACUGGACAAUGUCUCUGCAAAGAAGGAUUCGCUGGAGACAAGUGUGACAGAUGUGACAUUGCUUUCUACGGAUAUCCAAACUGCAAAGCUUGUGCCUGUGACGGAGCUGGAAUCACUUCUCCAGAAUGCGAUGCUACUUCUGGACAGUGCCCGUGUAACGGAAACUUCACUGGAAGAACUUGUGAUAAGUGUGCUGCAGGAUUCUACAACUAUCCAGAUUGUCGUGGAUGUGAAUGUCUUCUUUCCGGAGCCAAGGGACAAACGUGUGACAGCAAUGGACAGUGUUACUGUAAAGGCAACUUUGAAGGAGAGCGAUGUGAUCGUUGUAAGCCAAACUUCUACAACUUCCCAAUUUGUGAGGAAUGCAACUGCAACCCAUCUGGAGUCACCAGAGAUUUCCAAGGCUGCGAUAAAGUGUCUCCAGGAGAACUUUGCUCCUGUAGAAAACAUGUUACUGGAAGAAUUUGUGAUCAAUGUAAGCCAACAUUCUGGGAUCUUCAAUACCACCAUGAGGAUGGAUGCAGAAGCUGUGAUUGUAAUGUCAAUGGAACAAUUUCUGGAUUGAACACUUGUGAUCUUAAGACUGGACAAUGUAUGUGUAAGAAGAACGCAGACGGAAGAAGAUGUGACCAGUGUGCUGAUGGAUUCUAUAGACUGAACAGUUACAACCAAAUGGGAUGUGAAUCAUGUCACUGUGAUAUUGGAGGUGCUUUGAGAGCUGAAUGUGACAUCACAUCAGGACAAUGUAAAUGCCGUCCAAGAGUUACUGGACUCAGGUGUGAUCAACCAAUUGAGAACCAUUACUUCCCAACUUUGUGGCACAAUCAAUACGAAGCCGAGGAUGCGCAUACUGAAGAUCAAAAACCUGUGAGAUUUGCUGUGGAUCCUGAGCAAUUCGCUGAUUUCUCAUGGCGCGGAUAUGCUGUCUUCUCCCCAAUCCAAGACAAGAUUCUCAUUGAUGUUGAUAUUACCAAAGCUACUGUCUAUCGUCUUCUCUUCCGUUAUCGAAAUCCAACAAGUGUUCCGGUAACCGCAACUGUCACUAUUAAUCCAAGAUUUACUCAUACCCAUGAUGUUGAGCAAACUGGAAAAGCUACUUUUGCUCCAGGAGAUCUCCCAGCUAUGAAGGAAAUUACUGUCGAUGGAAAGCCAUUUGUUUUGAAUCCAGGAAAAUGGUCACUGGCUAUUUCUACAAAACAAAGACUUUUCCUUGACUACGUUGUAGUUCUCCCUGCGGAAUAUUACGAAGGAACUGUUCUUCGUCAGCGUGCUCCACAGCCAUGUCUCUCACACAGUACCAAGAACACCACUUGUGUUGAUUUGAUCUAUCCACCAAUUCCAUCUGUCUCCAGGCAAUUUGUUGAUAUGGAUAAGGUUCCAUUUAACUAUAUCAAUGAAGAUGGAACUACCACUGCUCUUGAGCAUGUUCCAGUGGAAAUUCUUCUCUCCGAAAUUACAGGACCAGCUGCUUUUGUUCGUGCUGAUGAGAAUCCAAGAGUUGUUGAAGCUAAAUUGGAUGUUCCAGAGACUGGAGAGUAUGUCAUUGUACUCGAAUACCACAACAGAGAAGAAACCGAUGGAAAUAUUGGAGUUGGAAUUAGCCAAAACGACAAAGAAGUUCUCAAUGGAAAUGCUGUGAUCCAUCAUUGUCCAUAUGCCACAUUCUGUCGUGAACUUGUUUCUUCUGAAGGAACUAUUCCAUACAUUCCACUUGAAAAGGGUGAAGCUACUGUUAGAUUGAACAUUAAACCAAAUCACGAGUUCGGACUUGCCGGUGUUCAACUAAUCAAGAAGUCGGAUUUCAGCUCAGAAUACUUGCAACAGGUCCCAGUUUGUAUUAAAAAGGAUGCCCGAUGCGUUCAACAGAGCUACCCACCAGCAGCUGAUUCAGUCACAACCGAAGCAGAGAGUGGAUCAAAUAUGGAUAAGUCUAUUCUUGGAGACAAACUUCCAUUCCCAGUAUCCAAUUCAAAAGAGAUGCGUGUAGUUCCGCUUGAUGAUGCCCAGGCAACAGUUGAAAUCUCAGGAGUUGUCCCAACAAGGGGACACUAUAUGUUUAUGGUUCAUUACUUCAAUCCAGACAACACUCCAAUCAACAUUGAUGUUCUCAUUCAAAAUGAGCACUACUUCCAGGGUGACUCAUGCAACUCCUUCGCAUGUUACAACAAGUACUCUUCGCGGUUCAUAUUCAAUGCUUCUGUACCACUCGCUUUUUGCCCAUCAAUCAGUGGAUGUCGUGCUCUUAUCAGAGACAAAGAACGACCAGAAGUUAUUCAAUUCUAUAUGGACGACAAGUACACCGCCACAUUCUACCACAACUCUUCCCAAAAAGGGCCAAUUUAUAUCGACUCUAUCACAGCUGUCCCAUACAAUUCCUACAAGGACAAGCUGAUGGAGCCACUUGCUCUCGAUCUUUCGAAUGAAUUCCUGAAGGAGUGCUCCGAAGAUAAUCUGAAAAAUCAUCCAGAAUCAGUCAGUGAUUUCUGUAAGCAGAAGAUUUUUUCAUUGACCACCGAUUUCAACGCGGCUGCUCUCUCGUGCGACUGUGUCGCUCAAGGAUCUGAAUCAUUCCAAUGUGAACAGUAUGGAGGACAAUGCAAGUGUAAGCCAGGUGUCAUUGGAAGACGAUGUGAACGAUGUGCUCCAGGAUAUUACAACUUCCCAGAGUGUAUCAAAUGUCAGUGUAAUGCUGGACAACAAUGUGAUGAGCGCACCGGUCAAUGCUUCUGCCCACCUCAUGUUGAAGGACAAACUUGUGAUAGAUGUGUUAGCAACGCUUUCGGGUACGAUCCACUUAUCGGAUGCCAGAAAUGUGGUUGUCAUCCACAAGGAUCGGAAGGAGGAAAUUUGGUUUGCGACCCAGAAAGUGGGCAAUGCUUGUGCAGAGAAUCUAUGGGAGGAAGACAAUGUGAUAGAUGUCUUGCUGGAUUCUACGGAUUUCCUCAUUGUUAUGGAUGCUCUUGUAACAGAGCUGGAACAACUGAAGAGAUUUGUGAUGCUACGAAUGCUCAGUGCAAGUGCAAGGAAAACGUUUACGGAGGACGUUGUGAAGCUUGUAAAGCUGGAACUUUCGAUCUCUCUGCAGAAAAUCCACUUGGAUGUGUCAACUGCUUCUGCUUCGGUGUCACUGAUUCCUGUAGAUCUAGCAUGUACCCAGUUACAAUUAUGUCCGUCGAUAUGUCUUCAUUCCUUACCACUGAUGACAAUGGAAUGGUUGAUAACAAGGAUGAUACUGUUAUUUACACUUCUGAAGAAACAUCUCCAAACUCUGUGUAUUUCAAUGUUCCAAUUGAGAAAAAGGAUUACACUACCAGUUAUGGAUUGAAGCUCACAUUCAAGCUCUCAACUGUUCCACGUGGAGGAAGAAAAUCUAUGAACGCUGAUGCUGACGUCAGACUCACUGGUGCCAAUAUGACUAUUGAAUACUGGGCGUCUGAACAACCAACAAAUCCAGAAGAACAAUUCACUGUCAAAUGCAAGCUUGUCCCAGAGAACUUCUUGACUGCCGAAGGAAAAACUGUGACAAGAGAAGAGCUCAUGAAGGUUCUCCAUUCUCUUCAAAACAUAACCUUGAAGGCUUCAUAUUUUGAUCAUCCAAAGACAAGUACACUCUAUGAGUUUGGACUUGAAAUCUCUGAACCAAAUGGAGUUGAUUCUGUCAUCAAGGCUUCUUCCGUUGAACAAUGUCAAUGCCCAGCUCCAUACACUGGUCCAUCAUGCCAGCUGUGUGCUUCUGGAUACCAUCGUGUUCAAUCUGGAAGUUUCUUGGGAGCUUGUGUACCAUGUGAAUGCAAUGGGCACUCUGCUACAUGUGACCCAGAUACUGGAAUCUGUACUGAUUGUGAACACAAUACUAAUGGAGAUCAUUGCGAAUUCUGUAAUGAAGGACACUAUGGAAAUGCUACUAACGGUUCACCAUACGAUUGUAUGGCUUGUGCCUGCCCAUUUGCACCAACCAACAACUUUGCUAAAUCCUGUGAUGUCUCCGAAGAAGGACAACUUCUUCAAUGUAACUGCAAACCAGGAUACACUGGGGAUAGAUGUGAUAGAUGUGCUUCUGGAUUUUUUGGACAUCCACAAAUAUCUGGAGAAUCAUGCUCACCAUGUCAAUGUAACGGAAACAAUAACCUCACAGACUCUCGAUCAUGCCAUCCAAACAGCGGAGACUGUUAUCUCUGCGAACAAAAUACUGAUGGAAGACAUUGUGAGUCAUGUGCUGCAUGGUUCUAUGGAGAUGCUGUUACGGCAAAGAAUUGUUCUUCCUGCGAAUGUAGUCAAUGUGGAUCGCAAUACUGUGACAACAAGAGCGGAGGUUGUGAAUGCAAGAUCAAUGUAGAAGGAGACUCCUGCGAUAGAUGCAAACCAGAUCAUUGGGGUUUCUCAAAGUGUCAAGGAUGCCAAGGAUGUCACUGUGGAACGGCCGCUUUCAAUACCCAAUGUAAUGUUGAGAACGGACAAUGCACAUGCCGUCCUGGAGCCACUGGCAUGCGUUGCGAACACUGUGAGCAUGGCUACUGGAACUAUGGAGAGCAUGGCUGUGACAAGUGUGAUUGUGAAGCUGAUCUCUCUAUGGGAACAGUUUGUGAUGUAAGAACUGGACAAUGUCACUGCCAAGAAGGAGCUACUGGAUCAAGAUGUGAUCAAUGCCUUCCUUCGUAUCUCAGAAUUCCAACCUAUGGAUGCAGACGAUGUGAUGAAUGUGUACACCAUCUCAUUGGAGACGUUGACAACUUGGAAUUGGAAAUUGAUGUUCUUGGUACUGCCAUUGCAAACAUUUCUUCUGCUACAAUUGUUGGAGCAAGACUUGCCAGAAAUAAAAAGGAAUUCAAUGACAUCAAUGAAAUCACAAAGAUGCUCAAUGAUGAAGAAAACUCUUUUGGAAAUGUGUUUGGAGAUGCCCAGGAUAUCCUCACCAACUCUACUCAAAUCCAGAACAAACUUGUCAGAACCAAAACUCAUUCCCAAAAUUCGGUAUCCUCUGCAAAGAACAUCACUCUCAAUGGAACCGAAUUCUUGCAAGAAGUCAUGAAGAGAGCUCAACGUGCCAGACAAAGUGUCCGAAGUUUAGCUGAAAUCGCACUCGCCAUUGGAUCAUCUUCGAAGGCUGUCAAUGUCGAUCCAAGACUUUUGAAGGAAGCAGAAGAAACAUUGAUGACUCUUGAAGCAGCAUCAGCUGAUCAGUAUCCAGAGAAAGCUCAGACUGUUCCAGGAAAAUUAGAAGAGAUUCAGAAGAAGAUUCAAGAAGAGACUGAAAAGUUGGACAAACAGAAGGAAACAUUUGAAGCUCAGAAAAAGAGAGCCGAAGAACUUGCCGCAUAUUUGAACAGUGCUCAGCAAUUGCUCAAGGAAUCAAAGUCAAAGGCUGAUAAAUCUAAUAACAUUGCAAAGAUGCUCCAAUUGACCAAAGUUGAAAAUCUUGUUGCUGCCAUUACUGACGAUUUGGAACGCGUUGAAGCCGCCAAGGGAGAGUUCCAAAAGCUCAAUGUUGCAAUCGGAAACAUCACUGAAAACUUAAAAGACAAACGAGAGGAAAUGACACAUGCUGUCACUACUCUCAAUGAAACAAGAAAUGAUGUUGCUGAAGCACUUGAAGCUGCCAAGAAGAGAGUAAGAAGAGACGAGAAAUCAGUUGAUAUGCAACUUGUAAACGCAAAGGCUCACGAGCUUCACCUCCAGGCCACCACGUUGAGACAGACAUUUGACAAUAACAAGGACAAUACUGAUCAAGCUGUUGAAGCUGCAAAUGCAUUCUCUAAUCUUACCGACACAUUGAAAAACGCCAAGGCACAGAUUGACAAUGCUUACGAAGCUUUGAGUGCAGAACCGGCGUUUGCUGAAAGUGUCCAAAAUGCUAGAGAUAAGCCUUUCCCAGAUGAAACUAAGGAAAAGAUUGAUGCACUCUCGAAGACUGUUUCACAAGACCUUAAGGAAACUGAAAAACUAAAGAAACAACUUGAGCAGUUGACUGAACUUUCCGAGAAACUGAGAAAGAGAAAGGAAGCUGUGAAGGCUGGAAUUCCAAAGUACAGUAAGAACACAUUGGAUUCCAUUGACGAGAAAGUUCAAGAAGUUGAGAAAUUGAAAGCUGAAAUUGACGCAAACAUUGAAGAAACUCGCGCCAAGAUUUCUGAAAUCGCAGGAAAAGCUGAAGAAAUCACAGAAAAAGCUAACAGUGCAAUGGAAGGAAUUCGUCUUGCUCGUAGAAAUUCAGUCCAACUUAACAAACUGGCUCCAGUCAUCGUUUCCAAAUUUGAAGAGCUCAAGAAGUUGAGUUCCGCAAGAAGUGCCAAGGUUGAUUCCGUCAGUGAUAAGGUUUCUCAAAUCAAGGAAAUGAUUGCUGUUGCUCGUGAUGCUGCUAAUAGAAUUAAACUUGGAGCUCACUUCGAAAAAGGAUCAUCUCUCGACUUGAACAUUCCACAAAGAGUAACCCGUUCUGCUGCUCACGCCGAUAUCUCGUUCUACUUCAGAACUGAACAAGAACACGGAAUUCCACUUUUCUUCGGAAAUGAGGAAACUGCUGUCGGAAGUCGUGCUGUUCCAACAGCUGAUUAUGUUGCUGCCGAAAUAGAAUAUGGACGUCCAAAGAUUACUGUAGAUCUUGGAGAUGCUCCAGCUGUUGUCAAGCUUGACACCCCUGUCAAUGAUGGAUUGUGGAGAAGAUUGAACAUUGAAAGAAUCGGAAAAACGGUCAGCGUGACACUUUCGAAGCCAAACAGCGUUGAAACUGCUGAAACUAAGAGCUCAGUUGCUGGAGGAAACAAGAGUGUUCUCAACCUGAACCAGCAAAUCUCUAGACUUUUCGUUGGAGGUGUUCCGACUUCGGCCAGAAUAAGCAAGGACUUGUACAAUCGUGAUUUUGUUGGUGAUAUUGAAUCAUUGAAGCUUCACGGUGAACCAAUCGGACUUUGGAAUUCUCGUGAAAAGGGAAACACAAAUGUGAACGGAGCACAGAAGAAACCAAAGAUUACUGAUAAUGCUGAUGAGCUUGUCGUUUCUCUUGAUGGAGAAGGAUACACUUCCUAUAAGCCAAGUCAUUGGAAUCCAAGAAAGGCAACAAAGAUCUCUUUGUCCUUCCUCACUUUCUCUCCUCAUGGACUUUUGUUCUUUGUUGGAAAAGAUAAGGACUUUAUGGCUCUUGAGUUGUCUGAUGGAGGAGUUAAACUUUCUGUUGAUCUUGGAUCAGGAGUUGGUCAAUGGAUUACUGAAUCUUCGAACUAUAAUGAUGGAAAAUGGCAUACUGUUUCAAUUGUCAGAGAAGAGAAACACGUCAAAAUCAUGAUCGACGGAGAAACUGAGGUUCUUGAAGGAGAUGUUCCUGGAAAAGACUCUGAAAUGUCAGUUACUGAAUUCCUUUACAUUGGAGGAACUCCUUCUGGACUUUCUGUAAGAACUACCAUCGUCCCACUUCGAGGGUGCAUUAAAUCAGUAAAACUGGGAUCCGAUAAUGUUGAUUUGGAAUCUAGUCACGCCUCGAAGGGAGUCAGAAGUGGAUGCCCACUUCACUCAGUUCGUACUGUCUCUUUCUUGUCUGAUCGAACAACUGCUUCAUUCAACAAUGCUACUGAAUUCUCAGAAGAUGUUUCAGUUACUUUCAAGUUCAAGACAAGAUCUAUCCGUCAGCCAUCAUCUCUUUUCACAGUCAAUGACGAUGAAGACUCAGUUCUCAGUGUCAGUAUUAAUGAAGAUGGAAUUCUGACUGUAACAAGUGGAGAGGAUAUUGCUACCCUUGAACUUGCUGCAUCACCAGAUGAGAAAUGGCAUUAUGUGUCUAUCCGUAAGACGAAAUACAUUAUCAGAAUUGAUGCUGAUGACUCAUUCUCUAAUGAAGUCGCCAGAAAGCACGCCGAUGACUCGAAUCCAGAUGCAAGCUUCCUCUCCGCGUUCUUCGGAAAAUCUGGCGAGACACCUUCAUUUGUCGGGUGUAUCGGAGAUGUUACACUCAAUGGAAAACUUCUGGACUUUGCCAAUUCCGAGAUCAAGGAGAUUUCAUUGAAUGGAUGUUCUCUCAGUGAUGAUGAGAAUAUUUCAACAACUACUACAGCUGCUCCAAAGCCAACUGAUGACUCUGAUGUAGCAGUUCUUCCGAUUGACGAAGAAGAAGAAAGUACAACAACAACCACCACAACCACAACUGAAGAGCCAACUGAGGAACCAGCAGAGAUGAGAGACCCACCGGUUACUGUUACCAACGCGAAACGUGAAUCAUCAACACCGUUUGAAUUUCCAGAUCAUUUUGAAUCUGUUGAUUUGUCUCCAGCCAGACCAGAUGGUCAUUGCAGUCUUCCAGAAGACCCAAUGGUCCAAUUCGAAGAUGCUGAAGGAUUUAACUUUGGAAGUCAACAAUACAGUAGAAUUGAAUAUGAUAUCUUGCCAGAGGCUAUUGAUAAGAGCGGAGAAUUCACUUUCAAGAUCCGUCCAACUUCUGAUAAUGGAAUAAUCUUCAUUGCCACCAACAAACGUACUGAUCAUAUUGCCGUCAUGCUUGAACAUGGUCGUGUUGUCUUCACAUAUGACACUGGAUCCGGCCAAGUUAUCAUAAAAUCUGAUAAAUCCAUCAUUGACGGUCGUUGGCAUACCAUCAAGGUUUCUCGUCGUGGAAAGUCGGCCCACUUGAUCGUUGACGAUAACUCGUACGAAUCUGAAGGAGCUGCCAACCAGAACGAGGAUCUCAUCGAAACUCAGCCACCAUUCUACGUCGGAGGUGUUCCAGCGGAUCUUGCUGGAUUUGCUAGGAAUCUUGUUGUUGGUGUCCGUUCACAGUUCAGUGGAUGCAUCAAAGAUUUCAAGUUGAAUGGUAAGAGUUUGGAUAACGGAAAGGAAUUUGGAACUGAGCAAUGCUCCCAGUUCUCCGAACCAGGAAUGUACUUUGGAAAGGAUGGAGGUUACGCGAUUGUUCAGAAGGAUUACGAAGUUGGACUUACAUUCGGACUAGAAGUUGAAAUGAGACCAAGAAUGAAGAACGGAAUUUUGUUCUCGGUCGGAGUUUUGGAGUAUAUCACUGUAGAAUUUGUGAAUGGAUCCAUCAAAACAACAGUCGAAAGUGGAAGUGGAGGAGAAGAACUUUGGCAUCAUCCGGAUAUUGAAAACCAAUAUUGUGAUGGACAAUGGCAAUCAUUCAAGAUCUCAAAGAAGCGAAACCUUCUUACUGUCGCGGUCAACGGCAAGGCUCAUCUCAAAAUUCUGAAGAAGGCCAAGACCGACGUCCUUACCAAGGAUCCUUUGUACUUCGGAGGUCUUCCAGAAGGAGUCACUAACAAGGGAAUCAAAACUAAUAAGCCAUUCGUCGGAUGUAUCAGAUUCGUUAGCUUCGGAUUAAAGAAGGAUCGCAAGAUUCGUCGCAAGAAGCAAGUUGACACUGAGAGAUUUGAUGUGUUUGGUGAUGUUCAUCGCAAUGCUUGCCCAGCUAUUUAAUAUCUUCUCGUUUUUAUUUUUAUUCAUUUUAUACUGUGCUUUAAAUUCUCAUGUUUCUGAUUCGGUACCAUAAACGAUUUAUUAA